AUGCCUUCUGUUACCUACACAGUUCUAUCCAAGAAGCAAAAUAUGUUUGAUAACCGUGACCUCAUUAAUGUCAACUGCCUGCCAGCCCUUAGUUUGUUUGCUUUUAAAAUUCCUUUUCUGUUUUCUUUAUUGGCAAGACUAAGAUGGAGUUACUACACGGAACACUACAUCCAGCUGAAGGAAGGGAAGGGGAAAAGCCAGAACAAGGAACCAGAGAGAUCACCUCCUCCUUUAGGUCCAGUGGCUGUUGAUCCUAAAGGCUGUGUCACCAUAGCCAUUCACGCGAAACCUGGCUCCAAGCAGAAUGCAGUAACAGAUCUGACAACUGAAGCUGUAAAUGUCGCUAUCGCAGCUCCUCCAACAGAAGGAGAGGCUAACGCUGAGCUCUGCCGAUACCUGUCCAAGGUCCUAGAAGUCAGGAAGAGUGAUGUGGUUUUGGACAAGGGUGGUAAAUCUCGUGAAAAGGUGGUAAAGCUUUUGGCUUCUACAACUCCAGAAGAAGUCUUGGAUAAAUUAAAAAAGGAAGCUGAAAAAAAAUAAAGCCAGAAAUGAAAAAUACAUCCUCAAGAAAAUUUUUUAUCGUUGUUAUAUAGGAUCAUGUAUUUAAAUACACAGAACCCCCUGGUGGUGGUCGGGGAAUAUCAAUGUCUGUAUUUUAAUAAGAAUAAGACUCAAAAAAAGCAGACAUUUAAAAAGUAUGCUACAUUGAAUAAGGCUCUAAGAUCCCUGAGCCCAAACAGCCUGGAACAUGUUAUUCUGAAUCCACAGCAUUACAAAAUAACAGAGCUGGAAAGGACAUUCAAGAUGCUCUGAUUCAACCUCUCUCAUUCUGUGAUGGUGCUUCUGGUAUCAAGAUGUUGGGAGAAUUAUUCAAGAUCGCACUGUGUAGGAUGGCAACCAGAACCCAGAUCCCUUGCCUCUUAGUUUAAUGUCAUUUAUCCUGAUUGUAAAUUAAAUGACAGUAUUUCCACAA